GAGUAGGGGAAAACAAACAUUCCUUGCUUCUUGUUUGACAUCCGAUAAACCAUAUUUCAGAGUUCCAUACUCACCAGAAGAAGAAGAAGAAGAAGAAGAGGCGAAUAUGAUGGGUCUUGGUAUCUCCAUAUUGAUAGGGAUGAAGGCAACUUGUCUAUUGUUGGUAUUUGCUUAUCUCAGAGCUAUUGGUUUCAUCUUGUUGUCAAUUCCCUUCUUAUAUGCUUCUUUAGUCGCUAUGUUGGUCUCUAUUGCUUCUCACCCAGCCAUCAAUCUCCCCAUACUCUUGGGGAAGAGAUCUGACGGGAGUUUCCCCGUUUGGUCGAUCAUUUUGUUUGGCCCAUAUUUGUAUUUUGCUCGAUUCUUCUCGCUUUUAAGGAGAAUGCGGAGUAGGGAACCUCCUUAUAGUGAAAUUUGUGAGGGUUUAUACGUCGGAGGAUGGCCUUCUUCAUUGGAUAACUUGCCUCCCGGUGAUCCUGCCAUUAUUGAUUGCACUUGUGAGCUCCCGAGAAUUACAGCAAUCUCACAGAAUGCUUAUCUUUGUGUUCCAACUUGGGAUACGAGGUCCCCUCAACCCUCUGAAAUUGAAUCUGCAGUUCGGUGGGCUUGUAAAAAGAGAGAUCAGAAAAGACCGAUCUUCAUUCACUGUGCUUAUGGUCAUGGGAGAAGUGUUGCAGUGACAUGUGCUCUCCUAGUUGCGAUUGGUGUGGCUGAAGACUGGAAAAAUGCCGAGAAGAUCAUCCGAGAAAAAAGGCCUUGGAUUCGCAUGAAUGCCCUACAUUGCAAAAGCCUAGAAGAAUGGUCAAAACAUCGGUUCUUUCCUAAAAGGAAUGUAGAAUCAGGUGUCAGUUCUGCAAUUCUCUCUGAUGCUUCAGGAAGUUCACAAUUCAAGUCAUGAGACUGAUGCAGCUGAUAUUUUUGGGGUCUUUGUGGGUCUACAGAGCCAAAUUCAUUCGCGAUUGCCUGAUAAAUUUUGGUGUUAAUGAGUUGAUUAAGAUCAAAAUGCCUAGCCUGAGAUGCUGAGGAGGCCCUAGGAGCUGAGCUCAAUGAUUCAAUGGUGUCCAAAAUUUAUCU